UACAGAGAAGCAGAGAGAUCGGACUGACAGUGUCUACAGCUACACAUACACAUUCUGCACAUUCGCUAUCUCAUAAACUGGUCACCUUGGGAUGUGGGGUCACCUGUCAGCUUUUGUCCUGUUGCUCCUGAAGGGUGUCCAGACACUCACUGUACAUGACACAGUGCAAGCGUGGGAAAAAUACCAAGCGGAUUGUGAACAUAGGAUGCAGACAGAGCCUGCCAUGAGUGGCGUAUUCUGUAAUCGAACGUUUGACUGGUACGUGUGUUGGGGAGAUGCUGCAGCUAACACAACGCAUGCGGAACCCUGUCCAUCGUACUUACCGUGGUACUCCAAAGUAAAAGUGGGCUUCGUCUUUCAGCGCUGUGGCUUUGACGGCCAGUGGGUCCUGGAUGACACAGGCAAGCCAUGGAGAGACAACACUCAGUGUGAGAAUGUUGACCCAGAGCAAGAGAACUCAGAACAUCAGUCUUGGUUCCUUUUGACAAUACGUGUCAUGUACAACGUGGGAUACAGUGUGUCCGUCACUGCACUCAUUGUCGCCGUAUGCAUACUCACCCAGCUGAGGCGCCUGCGCUGCACUCGGAAUCUGAUCCACUGCAACCUGUUUGUCUCGUUCAUACUACGCGGAGUGUCAGUGCUGACAAGAGACGCACUUUUAUUUAGAGAGAAGAGCAUGCUCCAGGCAGAGAAAGACUUCACAAAUUUAUCCAGAGAAAAAACCAUGGUGGGGUGUCGUUUAGCUCACAUAACUUCGCUAUAUUUCCUGGCUGCCAAUUAUUAUUGGCUUUUGGUAGAAGGUUUGUAUCUGCACAACCUGCUGAUUGUGUUGUCAUUCUCCGAAGAAGGGGCACUUCCUCGAUAUAUGCUACUAGGCUGGGGAGUACCGGUUCUGUUUGUAGUCCCCUGGGUGGUAGUUCGACAACUCUAUGAAAACACACAGUGCUGGGAAAGGAAUGAUAAUUCUUCUUAUUUUUGGAUCAUUCGAUCUCCCCUCUUAUUAGCUAUUCUGAUAAACUUUGUGAUCUUCCUGCGUAUACUGCGGAUUUUAGUCCUGAAGCUGAGAGCCAAUCAGAUGAGAAUAAGUGAUCGUAAAUACAGACUGGCCAAAUCGACAUUGACGCUGAUCCCCUUACUGGGGAUUCACGAGGCCGUAUUUAACCUGAUACCUGAGGAAAGCGCAAAGGGGGGAUUCCGCUACAGCAAACUAGCGGCAGAAUUACUGCUCAGUUCAUUCCAGGGGCUGCUGGUCGCUAUUAUCUACUGUUUCUGUAACAAAGAGGUUCAGUCUGAGCUUUACCGCAAAAGGCAGAAUUCUUUAAAUGGAGGGAGGUCCACCUGCGCUCCGCGCUCCUUGCACCCCUCACCUAGGAGACCUAACGUAGCUGAGGACUUGAUGUCUAACAGCUCGGUGGCACGGACCAGCCAAUACUGAAUUACUCAUCUCAUCCUGCGACCCACUCCCCUCCUCUCAGCUAUUUAUUUAUUUAUUGUUUACUGUCAAGUCAUUGUUAAUUAAAAUCUUGUUUGUGAGCA